CCCAGGGAAACCGGGGCAAGACGAGGUCCGGCGUCCCAGCAGCUCCCGCUCAGCCGCAACAGGGACAGCUCUGCGCCCGCCCGCCCGGUGCGCCCUCCUCGACCCGUGGACUCGCGCUGCUGCCCCGCCGCUGCCAUGUGUGCGGCUCGGACGCCACCGCCACUGGCGCACAUCUUCCGAGGGACUUUCGUCCACUCCACCUGGACCUGCCCCAUGGAGGUGCUUCGCGAUCACCUCCUCGGCGUGAGCGACAGCGGCAAAAUAGUGUUUUUAGAAGAAUCAUCUCAGCAGGAAAAGCUGGCCAAAGAAUGGUGCUUCAAACCGUGUGAGAUCAGAGAGCUGAGCCACCACGAGUUCUUCAUGCCGGGCCUUGUUGAUACACACAUCCAUGCUCCUCAGUACGCCUUUGCUGGAAGCAACGUAGACCUGCCACUGUUGGAGUGGCUGAACAAGUACACAUUUCCUACGGAACAGAGGUUCCAGAGCACUGACCUCGCCGAAGAAGUCUACACCAGAGUUGUUAGGAGAACACUAAAGAACGGCACAACCACGGCUUGCUACUUUGGAACAAUUCACACUGACUCAUCCCUGAUCCUUGCGGAAAUUACAGAUAAAUUUGGGCAGCGAGCCUUUGUGGGCAAAGUCUGCAUGGACUUGAAUGACACUGUUCCAGAAUACAAGGAAAGCACCGAGGAGUCGGUCAAGGAGACAGAGAGAUUUGUGUCAGAGAUGCUUCAGAGGAACUACUCAAGGGUGAAACCCAUAGUGACCCCGCGCUUUUCCCUUUCCUGCACGGAGAACCUGAUGAGUAAACUUGGCAACAUCGCCAAGACCCAUGAUCUGCACAUCCAGAGCCAUAUAAGUGAAACACGUGAAGAAGUUGAAGUUGUGAAAAACUUAUACCCUGGCUACAAAAACUACACAGAUGUCUAUGAUAAAAAUAAUCUUCUGACAAAUAAGACAGUCAUGGCACAUGGUUGUUACCUUUCUGAAGAGGAACUCAACAUCUUCAAAGAACGAGGAGCAUCAAUUGCACAUUGUCCCAACUCAAACUUAUCGCUGAGCAGUGGCUUACUGAACGUGCUUGAAGUCCUGAAGUGUAAUGUGAAGAUAGGGCUGGGAACAGAUGUGGCUGGUGGUUACUCCUACUCCAUGCUUGAUGCGAUCAGAAGGGCAGUGAUGGUUUCCAAUAUCCUCUUAAUUAAUAAGGUGAAUGAGAAGAGUCUCACCCUCAAAGAAGUCUUCAGACUAGCCACUCUUGGAGGAAGCCAAGCCCUUGGUCUAGACAGUGAGAUUGGAAACUUUGAAGUUGGCAAGGAGUUUGAUGCCCUCUUGAUCAACCCCAAAGCAUCGGACUCUCCUAUUGAUCUGUUUUAUGGGGAUUUUGUUGGUGAUAUUUCUGAUGCUGUUAUCCAGAAGUUCCUCUAUCUAGGAGAUGACCGGAACAUUGAGGAGGUUUAUGUGGGUGGAAAGCAGGUGGUUCCGUUCUCCAGCUCAGUGUAAGAAGACCCGUGGGCAUCCAUGAUAUUCUCCUGGAAUGACAUGGUUCUGCAUCUUCCUUGUGCCCAGGGUGCCAGUUAGAAAGUAUAUUUAAAAAAAAAAAGUAUUGUGUUCUUCAGAUGACUUCUGUUUCUAUGUCUGCUUCCAGUGCUCACUUGGUAAAUCGUGCAAAGGAAGUGACAUGCUCCUUGACCCUGAUGGGGAGCAUUCAAAAUUCCAUGAUGGUGCCUACUUCGGGGCUGCUUAGAUUUGUGUUAGGCUCAUGCAGAAGACAACAGUGUUAAUAACGGGCGCUGUGCUUCUACUAUUGAAAUCAAACCUUUCUGUGCAGGGAAAUACGUUGCAAAGAAAUAUCCCUAUGUGGUUAGACAUUCUGAGCUAAGUGAAAAGAAGGCGACUCCGUGUGCCCCAUUGAGUAGAGUUUUAUGCGAGGGCACAAGCUAGACGGUGAACAGAUGUUGGAAAAAAACAUUGAUUGUGCUUGGAAAUUAAAUACUGAAAACAUCCAUGUAAAAAGAGAACUUAUUGGAUUUUAAAAUGUGCUUCUAGGUUGACCUUAUCUAUGGAAAUUUGCAUUUUAUGGAAUUUGCAUUUCAGAGCUGUGUUAUUGUUGUGCGUUGCCUUCUCUAGGGAUGAGUGGCAGAACCCGAAUGCUCCAUGCUUUUCAAAUAUAAUUCUGUGCUUCAAAGCGUUUGACAGAAGCUGAGUAUUAAAGAUUUACAGUGUCUUAGGGAUAGUAUUCAUAUAGCCACGUGGCAUAAAUAGUUGUGUUUUUGUGUAUUUCAAAGUCACCUUGAUUUCUGGCUGUGCGGUGUUACAGUUGCUUCUAUUUUAUUAGAUGAGAAACAAGCCCCGUGUGCUGUUGCUGUCUAGGCUAGGGUCUCCAUAAAUCGGGGGAAGUACUGUACCCCUGGGAGCUGUUAGCAGUGACAGGACAGGGCUCUCUGCAGUGCCCCAUCUAUUCAGUGGGUCACUGUUGCUGUGAACUUUGCCCUCCUAUCAGUGUGCUAGAAGUUAAAAGUCAAGUGCAAGUCCCUUUAAGAACUGUAGAUAAGGCUCUGAAGGCCUGUAUCCUGUUUUUCUAAUUUAUCAGAUUGUCACUUGAAUUCCUUGAGUUUUUUUCUAGCAUCAAAAUCUUAGUAUAAUGAGGUUAUAGAAAUUCUAUGUAAUGCUUCUAUUAGCAGGACUUGCUAUUCUAGACAUGAAGGAAUAAUAAACAAAGGAGGCCAUUUUAGCUUUCCUAACUACACAAUGUCCCUUCUUAUAACAAUGAAAACCAGAUUACAACCGCAUGGCAGAUUCUUAGCAAGCAGUGAUGUGAGUUCUACAUUUUCUUAAUUUAUUCCACACGCUAUAAACAAACAAAAACAGGGAGCAGGUUUUGUCAACAUAUCAUUCAUUCCCAGGGCUUAGGUGAGUUUCCGUAUUAUCCUACAACAGUUCUUAGGUGAUAGAGCUAAAUCCGUGUUAGCACGUGUUAGCAAGUCAGAGAGCACACAGUUCCUCCGCUGCCCUGUAAACCUCAGCUUCACAUCGCAUGCUAACUCGGCAGUAAUUUGUCCAGACCUGUUUUCCUGAUAGAAGCACCUUUAGAUGUGGUGUAUCCUAAAAUAUUUAGUCUCAUUUAGUUUUAGUUUCUUUUUUUUAAAAAAAAAAAAGACAGAAUUAUUUUGCGUGUAUAUGUGUGUGUGGGGGGGGAUAGAAGUCGAUAAAACCAACUUCUGGUCUUAGUCUUCUAGCACACCAGAAACAUCAAAAUGAUCUGCCAGAUCCCCUCCCCCAUUUCUCUCUGAGUUUGGCAAGUGUUUUCUGCUGUGUCUUUGGACUCUUACCAAAGGAACUUAAUUGCAGAGAAUCUAACCUGAGUGACGUGGGCCUGGGAGCUUAGGUGUGGGUUGAGUAAGAGUUCUGCCAGUCAGCAGCUGCUUCCAACCUUCGCAGACCCCACACUCCUCUUCCUUAAGGGUGUGCAUUUUGAUAUUGAGCAUCAGCUUUUAUUUAAACUUAAGAUUCACGCACAGUAACAUAAAUAUAUGUAAUUCUGGAAGCAGGAAUAACAGUCAUUUGACACCAUCCAGUCAGGCAUUCAGAUUAGUCCUGAUAGUGUGUUAUAAGCUGAAUAACUUCUAAUAAAAACAAUGUGUUGAAGUGUUUACAUGUACUGUGAUCUCCCUGCAUCCCUUAUAACUUAUGAGUUUUAUUCUCCCAAGUGAAGUGUUCCUCAAUGUGUGACUUAUGCCGUUUCAGUGCCCCACACAAGGGGUCAGAUGUCCUGCACUUUGAAAUGUUGCCGUUGCCUAACUUAGGUUGACUUUCUGAAUUACAGUCAGCCCUAUUCCUAGCCUAUCCCAACAGUCACUUUUUGUUUGGCUGGUUUGCUCUCUUUAGAAGAAAGGGAGAAGAAAAAGGAAGGAAGGAAGAGAAGAAGGGAGGAAAGGAGGAAGGAAGGAAGGAAGGAAGGAAGGAAGGAAGGAAGGAAGGAAGGAAGAUUAAAACAUUAUCCCUUCUACUCCAUACCAUUUAACUUGUUUCUCUAGAAUUUUUGAUGGACUUCAUUGUAAAAGGUUAAGAAGCACUGAAAAGUAUCAUGUGUGUUACAUUUCCAAAAUUUCUUGUAACCAAAACACACAAGUAAGCUAAUGAAGUUGAAUUUGAUUUCGUGGGGGAGGCAUUGAAAAUAAGAGAUUAGGACCCAAAGGGUUUUUCUAUUCUAUUGGGCCAAAGAGACUGGACUUUCCUCUGUGGCAUUGUCUUAGCUGGCUCUUUCCUUGCCCUGUCAAAGACUUUAGAAUCCAAGAAGAUGUCUACCUUCAUGCCAGGAGGAGGCCUUUCUAAGUUAAUUCUGUGAACAUUUAAUCUCUUUUCUUCUUCAGUGAGAAAUUUCCAAGUUAAAGGAAAGGAAAUGGCGGAAACCCCCUUCUUCCUUGCUUAGCUGAUUUUUUGAAGUAUCCCCUUGGCUAUCUCUUUGGCAAAUGCUCUGAAAUUUUACAGAGGAAACAUAACGGCUGUGAGAUCUGGCAGUGUGUUGUAUCUUCACUCCCUACCAGAUUAUUCCUAUUUUUAAACUUUUUUGCUCCAGAAGCAGGCAUAUGGGAAGCCUGCAAGGCAUGCUGGGAAGAGCAUUGUAUCAGUUCCUCCUUUUAUAUGCAUGUGAGGAAGGUACCCAGAGCUGGAUGCUUCUGGAGUUUGGUGGGCAUUUUUUUUUUAAAGUUGCUACUGCUGUUGUUGCUGCUGCUGCUGGAAUAUUCAGAUAUUUUAAGAGAGUUACCUUAGCUAUUAACAAAUAGAAUGAGAGGCAUAGCAAGAGCAAUGACUUGAAAUAAUCUUUAAAUCACAAAGAUUCUAUAUAAUAUGUUUAAGACCGAAAGGAGAUGUUUGCAAUUUCUCUGAUCCACUAGCUGCUGCAGGUAUGACGCCAUACAUUGCACUUUAUUAUGUCUCCAGAGAAGAUGUAAUAAACGUCUUUCUGAAGACCUGGGUGGAAGCAGAUAGGUGAAAAGUCACUGAGAAAGAAAACAAAACAAAACUCUUGACAUUUGUCGCCAUAAAAAUACCCCCCCCAAACUCUUGAUUGCCGCUUGUUGCCAUGUGUGUUUCCAAGCCUACCCCAACAUUCCUACCCAUCCCCAGCACUGAGCGUGAGAGAGCAAGUGUUGAAGGGUUUGUUUGUGGGUCUAGUACAAAUGCAGUGACAUGCAAAAGCCAGCCAAGUCAAAGAUGAAGGGAAAUGUCAAUCCCCAGCAGGCUUUUUACCAGGUUACUUGAGUAACUGGUAUCAUUUACCUUUGUUACUUGGCAGUGACUCACCUGUCUACUUCUUACCCAGAAAUCCUAUCAGCAAUCUUUCCUGACCUUACUGUUAACCUCUUGAUGGCUGUUCUUAAGAAUAUAGACACACCUGUGAAUGUAGUCAAUGGGGACCUCCUUCCCCUUGGUAUUUGUAUGAUUUGCUAAUUGUCACUGUACUGAGUGAGCUCCUUCGUGCAUCAGGAAAAAAAUAUAAUAAACGUGAUUUUGUGUUUGCAUUAG